CUCGGGCACAGCUCCGCUGGAGAGGAUCUCAUACAGAGCGGACAGAGGAGGCUCCGCACACCGCUCCGCACACACAACGCUACCUACCUAACCUGACGCUUCCUGGCUCAACGUCAACGCGGCACCACAAGUGACCUCGCGUCCCGUCUGCUGCACCAUACCCUCCCGGGCUCGCAGCCUCCUGUGUGGACUAGGAGUAGUAGUACCGUAGUAGAAGGCAUGCUUGCGGUAAUAAGCGCGGCGAUCUGCCUGCUCGCCCUGGCCGGGGGCAACACCAUCAACAAGCAGCAGCUUCGGGACAGCGCGGGGGAGCGCUUUGUGUGCACGGCUCUGCCCCCCGAUGCCACCCCAGGCUGCCCGAUUCAAGGCUUCAGUGCCACUCCCGAGGAAGAGCUGCGAUCUACCGUCAUCCAGCUCCGGGAGACCAUCCUCCAGCAGAAGGAGACUAUCGGCAACCAGAAGGACACCGUCCGGGAACUUACCGCCAAGCUGAACCGAUGUGAGAGCCUCUCCGAGGAUGGCAAGCAUGGGUCCUGGAAGAAGGUGGCCGGGAAAUCGGGGGGCAAGGAUACCAUGGGCGAUCUACCCAGAGAUCCCAGCCAGAUCAUCGACCAACUCAGCCGCACCAUGCAAACCCUGAAAGACAGGCUGGAGAAUCUGGAGCAUCAACUGAGGUCCAAUGUGUCCUAUUCAGCUCUGCCUAAUGAUCUCCGAGAGAUGCUCCAGAGGAGGCUGGGGGACCUGGAGCACCAGCUUUUAAACAAAGUGGCUGAACUAGAAGAUGAGAAAUCCAUUCUUCAUAACGAGAGUGCGACACAUAGGCACAAAACCGAGUCUGCCCUCACUGCGCUCCUAGAAAGAGUUCAUGAGCUUGAGAAAGGCAGCAGCGCAUUCAAAUCGCCAGAUGACUUCAAGGUUUCCCUCCCACUUCGUACCAAUUAUUUGUACGGCAGGAUUAAAAAGACUCUGCCUGAGCUGUUUGCGUUCACAAUCUGUAUGUGGCUGAAGUCCAGCGCCUCGCCUGGGAUUGGAACCCCGUUCUCCUACGCUGUGCAGGGCCAGGCUAAUGAGAUUGUGCUGAUCGAAUGGGGGAAUCACCCGAUUGAACUUUUAGUUAAUGACAAGGUUGCCCAGCUACCAUUCUCUAUUGGGGAUGGAAAAUGGCAUCAUAUUUGCAUCACAUGGACUACCAGAGAUGGAAUGUGGGAAGCAUAUCUGGAUGGAGUCAAGCUUGGCUCAGGGGAAAACUUAGCCCCUUGGCACCCAAUUAAACCAAAUGGAAUUCUUAUUCUGGGCCAGGAGCAGGAUACGGUUGGAGGAAGAUUUGAUGCCACGCAAGCCUUUGUUGGAGAGUUAAGCCAGUUUAAUAUCUGGGACCGUGUUCUAAAAACAGAAGACAUAGUCAACAUAGCAAACUGCUCAACCAACAUGCCUGGCAACAUCAUCCCAUGGGCCGAUAACAAUGUCGAUGUUUUUGGAGGAGCAACAAAAUUACCCUUGGAGCCAUGUGAAGAGCGUUCGAUAGAUUUAUAGCCAAAACACAUUACACUUAAGUGCCCACCUUUUUGGAGACCACCUCUAAGGAGGUUAUCUAUCCUACAAUGCACUUAUUUUCUCAGAUGAUUUUUUUUUUUUUUAAACCCAUGAAAAACACUUAGUUGCAGCUAAAGUGGAUCUUAUUGCUAAAAUAAAAAGCCACAUGAGGUUGUGCUAUCAGUGCUUACAUCCAGAGGGUAACUGGAGCCUUGCCAUUUUAAAAUCACAUGUGUCCUUCAAAAGCCAUUAAAAUCCUAGCAGAGCUAUAAAUAUUUACAGAUUACUCCAUUUAUCUAUCUACAAAUUGUUAAGGGAUCAUUAAACAAAUCUUAUUUUAUUACAUAAUUAUAUCAUUUUCAUAAACUGCUUUAUAUAAUAGAUAUUUUAUUAUCAUUUGUGGAUAAAUAUAUAAACAUUUAAAGAGAUUAUCCAAAAUUUUAAGUGAAAGUGCUUUAUUAGGGAGCAAUAUUGUCGAACACAUACUGACUUCCCAUGUGACACCCCCAGUUACGCUGGCCACAAGGAAUACCAAUACAAAAAAGUAUUGGUUAAACAAACAUAAAACAUAAAAAACAAAACAAACCUAAAAAAGAAAAGAAAUAGGUAAGCUAUACAAAACUUUUCAUACAAUUAGUGUAGACUCACUUUAAUUAAGUGGGUGUUCCGAAAACUGCUAAAAAAAAAA